AGCAGCCUCCACUCUGCACUCUGUCGCAACAUUCCAGAGGAUGUGCGCAAUUGCGAAUCGAUUGAUUGAAUGAUCGCCUGUCAUAGCACUACACUGUGAUUUUGUUCAGCGCAAGGCUUUUUUCCUGAGACCUGUGCAAACAGAUCAAUCUCCCGUAGGUGUUCUUCACCCGAACCCUCUCAGGAAGCUUCAGUAGAAAUCUAUGUGAUCCGUUGACUGUGAAAUUAUGCGGUUAUUUCCUUACCUUGGUCACGGUUCAGGAAAGGUUGUUCACGCCAAGGUGACAACCAUGGAUGCUGAUUUGGAUCGCAUUGUCAUCGAGACAAGCUGGACAGGUCGUCACCUAUUUGAUGCAGUAUGUCGUAUCAUCGGGCUCCGUGAAGUCUGGUUUUUUGGCUUGCAGUUCACUAAUAAGAAAGGAUUACCUUGUUGGUUACAGAUGGACAAAGAGAUACGUAAGCAAGAUGUGCCUCGAGGUGAGGACGGUUGUAUGCAGUUCUUGUUCUUAGUAAAAUUUUAUCCAGAAGAUGUUGAAGAUGAACUCAUUCAGGAUCUUACCAGACACUUAUUUUUCUUGCAAAUAAAACAAGCCAUCCUUUCCAUGGACCUGUACUGUUCUCCGGAAGCAUCUGUACUCCUUGCCAGUUUUGCUGUACAAGCUCUUAAUGGGGAUUGCACAGAUGAAACAGAACCGUUAGACUUGGAUAAAUUAUUACCGAAGAGUGUGAUAGAACAGUACGAUAUGAGUGCUGAUAUGUGGCGCGAGCGGAUAAAACGAUGGUGGCAGAAUAACCAUGGACAAACAAGGGAAGACGCUGAAAUGGAGUAUCUUCGGGUGGCGCAAGAUCUUGAGAUGUAUGGAAUACUCUAUUACCCCAUUUGUAACAAGAAGGACACUGAUCUGCAUCUCGGGAUAUCAGCUCAAGGCCUCGGCAUCUACAAAGGAUCGAAUCGCAUUACUCCCAGGCCAUUCUUUUCAUGGAGUGAGAUCAAGAACAUUACAUUCAAGAACAAAAAGUUUCAUAUGAAAACAGUGGACAAAUCUGGUGUAUCCUUCCGAGCAAAGGAAAGAACUAUGAAUCCUUCUAUUCUUGAUCUUUGUAUAGGAACCCACAAUCUCUAUCUGAGGAGACGGCAGCCAGAUACUCUCGAGGUACAACAAAUGAAAGCGCUGGCAAAAGAAGAUCGAGCUCGAAGACAACAAGAAGCAGCGCAGUUAUCCAGAGAGCGUGAAGAACGAUUGCAAGCUGAAAGCGAACGUAAUCAGCUUAAAGCAGAGAUCGAAAAAAUUGCGGAGCAGCUAGAACAAGCCAAGGAAGCGGCAAGAAAGACAGAAGAGACUGCUGAAUUGUUGGCUGAAAAAGCUCGGGCCAGUGAACAAGAAACGCUGAUGUUGACUAAAAGAGUCAGUGAAGCAGAGGCGGAAUGCCAUAGACUGCAGAUGAAUCACGUGAAGUCGGAAGAAGCUUUGAUGAGAAUGGAAAGGAAGGCAAGGGAAGCUGAACUCUACGCACAACGAAUAUCUAUGUCUUUAGCCGACGUGAAUACCAAGCCUCAUUACGCUAGUCACGCGCUUAUCACAGAGUCGACGCUUUGGCCUCUUUCAAACUUAGCCCUGCAAGGAACACUUUCUCAUCAUCAACUCAUGAUCUCUGGUGGAUCUCAAGAAGGAGAUCGGUCCACUCUAACUGAAAGAUCACAACUACACCAACAUCACCAAGGUGUGCCACAAUCUGCUGCGCCAAUCUACAGAGCAGUUCCUCCUAACAUGGCACAGAUGAUGCAUGCCCCACCGCCCCCAGAUCCAUCUGUAAAUCAACGACUAGAGUUCCACAAUCUGCGAAGCGAACUGGAAAAAUCGAGACAAGACUUUUCGGAGAAAGCACGGCAAUUCAAGGAGCGUCUGAAUGAAUUUCGAAGCGAAAUUGAUGCUUUGAAAAGAGAAGACAGGCAGACGGAACACGAUGUGAUUCACCAACAUAACGUCCAAAAUGGAUUUGACAAGUUCACCACUCUUAGAAUGAGCUCCCGUGGUGCUCCAAAACAACGAGUCGAGGUCUUUGAAGGAUUGUAGAAUUUGAGGACAACGUAGUCUACAGAACUGUUAGUGAAUUUCUUCAAUUACUUCAUUUUGCAAGUAUCUGAAACAGGUCUAAAAUGUCCUUUAAUGCAAAACAUUACUUACCAUUUGAUGGUUGUGAAUACCGGUCUCAUCUUGUGAUGUUUCGUACAAUUCUUUUGAGCUCCUCUAUACUUGUAGUUUCGAAAUUUUCCUAGUCAGCUGACUCUAAUUGAAUAAUGUACUUCUGCUCUCAAUAUGCGAAUCUAAACUUUGUCGACACGGAUCUCUCCAAUAUUUGGAUUUUUCAAAAUCCUCUAGGCGAAUCUUGCGUUUUAUUGAGCGGCAACGGUGGAGAUUUAUUUUGGACCGUUUCCAACGUUCUUUUGAGCCUGCAAUCAUUUUGUCCUCAUUCCUCUACUCCGCUUCACUUUUUCAUGGCGAAGAGCUCCAAACUUAAAAGGAGUUUGAAGAACGAACGAACCUGUGCUUCAUGUAUUCAAAAAAAUGUGCCUUCGUGAGCACAUCCCCUUCUCUCUUGAUUAUUUCUGUUCAGACC